AAACGGAAGUGUAGGUUGGUUGUCAACAGCUUCCUCAGAGUACCGGGUUGCGUCAGUGCGCGUAGCUGUCGUUUGUGAGGUCGAUAACCAGCGAUUAAUUUAGUCAUGGCUCCACUGAGGUUUGAUGGGAAAGUUGUACUGGUUACAGGAGCUGGAGGAGGACUUGGAAGAGAGUAUGCAUUGGCCUUUGCUGAUCGAGGUGCCCUUGUUGUUGUGAAUGACCUUGGCGGUGACAUCAAAGGGGAUGGCAAGAGCUCCAGUGCUGCGGACAAAGUGGUGGCUGAAAUCAAAGGAAGUGGAGGCCAAGCUGUAGCGAAUUACGACUCUGUGGAAAAUGGGGAGAAGCUGAUCCAGGCUGCUCUGGACGCUUUUGGGAGGAUAGAUAUUGUCAUCAACAAUGCUGGGAUACUGCGAGAUCGCUCCUUUGCUAGAACGAGUGACCUGGACUGGGACCUCAUCCACAGAGUGCACCUGAGGGGUUCCUUCCAAGUCACCAGGGCUGCCUGGAACCACAUGAGGAAGCAGAAGUUUGGCAGGAUCAUCAUGACCACGUCGACUGCCGGCAUCUACGGGAACUUUGGGCAGGCAAACUACAGCGCGGCUAAGCUGGGGCUCCUGGGCCUGUCCAACACGCUGGCCAUAGAGGGUCAGAAGUACAACAUCCACUGCAACAGCAUCGCCCCCACGGCCAGCUCCCGCCUCACGCAGACAGUCAUGCCCCCAGAUUUGCUGGAAGCCCUUAAGCCCGAGUAUGUUGCUCCUCUGGUCCUCUGGUUGUGUCAUGACCAGUGUCAGGAGAAUGGGGGUGUAUUUGAGGUUGGAGCUGGCUGGGUUGGAAAAUUGCGGUGGGAGCGCACCCCUGGGGCUGUUCUGCAGAGCCGCAGUCAGCCCAUGACCCCCGAGGCUGUACGGGACCGCUGGGACCAGAUCUGUGAUUUCCGGAAUGCCGUCAAACCUACCAGCAUUCAAGAGGCCCUCAAUACUGUGAUAGAGGCACUGUCUGACAAAAAUUCUGAGAACCUGGUUUCCAAUCCAACCAGCGCUUUCACCUCCACUACUCCAGGGGGCAGCAGUCCUCUGGCAGCCAUCGGGCAGAAGUUGCCGGACAUAUCCUUCAGCUACUCCAACAUGCACUGCAUCCUGUAUGCCCUGGGCGUGGGCAUGUCCACCAAGGAGCCCGACCACCUCAGGUUCCUGUACGAGGGCCACGAGGACUUCUGCUGCCUGCCCACGUUUGGGGUGAUCCCGUCCCAGGCCUCCAUGAUGGAGGGGGGGCUCAGCUCCAUCCCGGACCUCAACAUCGACCUGACUCAGCUGUUGCACGGAGAGCAGUACCUGGAGCUCUACAGGCCCUUGCCCAUCUCAGGGACGCUGACCUCGCGGUCCACCGUGGCUGAUGUGCUGGACAAAGGCUCUGGUGCCGUCAUCCUCCUGGAUGUUCAUACGUACCAUGGUGAAGAGCUGGUGUGUUUCAAUCAGUUCAGCUUGUUCAUCAUGGGAAUGGGUGGCUUUGGGGGAAAGAGGAGUUCAAGCAAGGCAAAGGAGACAGUGCCCCCUCCAACCAGAGCCCCGGACGCAGUGCUGUCUGAUGUGACCUCCAGGGAUCAGGCUGCCCUGUACCGCCUGAGCGGGGACUGGAACCCACUGCACAUAGAUCCCAGCUUCGCAGCCAUGGGAGGUUUCAAAACUCCCAUUCUGCAUGGACUGUGCUCCUUUGGCUUUGCCGCACGCCACGUCCUGAAGCAGUACGCCAAGAACGACGUGUCCAAGUUCAAGGCCAUCAAGGUACGUUUCGUGAAGCCGGUGCUGCCUGGUCAGACAAUCCAGACAGAGAUGUGGAAAGACGGCAGCCGGAUCCAUCUGCAGUGCAAGGUCAAGGAGACUGGAGAUGUGGUCCUAGCGGGAGCAUAUGUGGAUCUCCAGAACGUGGUUGACGUCAAGGUGGACAAGGUGCCAGAGGUGGGGAAGCUCCAGAGCGACCUAGUGUUUGCAGAGAUCGGGCGUCGCAUCAAGGACAUGGGGGCGGAGCUAGUGAAGAAGAUCAACGCCGUGUUUGAAUGGGAGAUCAUCCAGGGAGGGCAGACCGCCGCCCGCUGGACCAUCGAUCUGAAGAGCGGCACAGGUUCCCUGCAGAAGGGUCCCUACAGUGGCAAGCCGGACGUAACCUUCACGCUGUCUGAUGAGGACUUCAUGGAUGUGGUUCAGGGCAAGCUCAACCCACAGAAGGCCUUCUUUACCGGGAAGCUCAAACUACGUGGGAACAUCGUGCUCAGUCAGAAGCUGGAGGUGAUCCUCAAAGACUAUGCCAAGCUGUGAGGUCUGCAUCCGGCUCGGCCAGCUCCGUCUGUCUGGUGGCCACCGUCUAGCCAGAUGGGAGACCAUGCACUGCUCCCGCUCGGCUGUACCACGGCUCCUUGGUGCGUUUCGAACCCGGCGAGAGUCUGCUCCCUUUCUGAAGAUGAUGAAAACUAAUCAAAUCUAAUCAGCAGUUUGUGUUCAGACUUCAAACAUGGUUGCCCGCUGUGAAAAUUAACUUUUGCCUGAAACUGUAAAUUGUAUAUUAGGACUGUACAUUUAACCUGUAAUAUUUUCAAAUUAAAAGCCUGAAGCAUUUGA